CACCGCGCUGCCCCGAGCGCCGCCGCUCGCCGCCUGAGGGAGCCGCCGCCGGCACGGCACGGCACGGCCCGGCCCGGCCCGGCCCGGCGCUGCCCCAUGGCUUCCCCGGCGGCGGCGGGGCCCGGCGCCGCGCUGCCCCCGGCCGCGGCGCGCCGAGACUUCUACUGGCUGCGCUCCUUCAUCGCCGGAGGUGUUGCAGGAUGUUGUGCCAAAACAACUACUGCACCGCUGGAUCGAGUAAAGAUUCUGCUGCAAGCUCAUAACCACCAUUACAAACAUCUAGGAGUAUUUUCUACGUUGUGUGCUGUCCCCAAAAAGGAAGGUUACCUUGGGCUGUACAAAGGAAAUGGGGCGAUGAUGAUCAGGAUCUUUCCCUAUGGUGCUAUUCAGUUUAUGGCAUUUGACCAAUAUAAAAAGGUAAUAAAGAAACAGCUUGGGAUUUCUGGGCAUGUGCAUCGAUUAAUGGCUGGAUCCAUGGCAGUCAUUGAGUCAAAAGUAGCUAAGAAAAACACAGGGGAAGGUAUUACAGCAGUGAUUUGUACUUACCCUCUUGAUAUGGUUAGAGUUCGCCUGGCGUUCCAAGUAAAAGGGGAACACAAGUACAUGGGAAUUAUCCAUGCAUUCAAGAUGAUUUACACAAAGGAAGGUGGUUUUAUUGGCUUCUACAGAGGGCUGAUGCCAACUGUGGUGGGAAUGGCACCCUACGCGGGUUUUUCUUUUUUUACCUUUGGUACCUUAAAGAGCAUUGGACUUGCUCAAGCACCUAACUUGCUUGGACGGCCUUCAUUAGAUAACCCCGAUGUGUUAGUUUUGAAAACUCAUGUAAACCUGCUGUGUGGUGGCAUAGCUGGAGCAAUAGCUCAGACCAUAUCCUAUCCCCUGGAUGUAACUCGCAGGCGAAUGCAGUUAGGGGCAGUUCUCCCAGACUCUGAAAAGUGCCUUACCAUGGUGCAGACACUGAAAUACGUGUACCAAGAGCACGGAGUAAGAAGGGGGCUGUACCGUGGUCUGUCCUUGAAUUACAUUCGCUGUAUUCCUUCCCAGGCCGUGGCUUUCACCACGUAUGAACUUAUGAAACAAUUCCUGCACCUCAACUGAUUCUUUGUUUUAGAAGAUUUUUCUGUAAAACUACACUAUCAGUCCUCAAAUGAUAUUGAUGAAUAAAUGACUUGAAGUUUAACAAAAAAAUCUUUCUGUUACAGUGGACCUGCUGUUGUCUGACAUCUUUAUUUGCCAAAAUGUGGUUAAAUUCCUGGAGUCAGAACCGGGUGACACAUCCAAAUAAACAUUAGCUAGCUCUAAACACUUUUUUGGCACUUGGUCUUUUCGGCUUCAUUCGAUGAAUUUUAGGAAGGACACAGUUUUGGAGAUGACACCCAUGUUUUACACGGGUUCCAAGCUGUUAGUUAUGUAGCUUUAUCACCAUCCCAGGAGUUACAUGCUGCUGAUCAUGCUGCUUUUGAAGCUAGUAAUUAGGCAUCUGUUGUUCUUUAAAAAUUAAAUGGAGUAAACUGAUUUGAACACAAUGCAAUGAUUUUGGCAUUCAGAUCCUUGCCAGGUCUGUAGAAGCUGAGCUUGGCAGAGCACACUUCAAGCAGCCUUUUAUUCUUGUUCUGUCCAAGUUUUCUGUAUGCAAGAACAGAAAUUGCUACCCAGGAAGGUAUCUUCAGCCAUUUCAGCUAGAACCAGCAAGAUGUAUUCAGCAGUAUUAGACAGCUUGCAGUUUGGAAACAAGUUCCUUGGUGUGCAUUGUAUUCUAAGAAAUGCUGUCCUACACAAAUAAAAGUGGGGGGAAGCUUACAGGGAUGAGUGCUAGAACAGAUCUUGUGGCAGGUGGUGGGGGCCUAAUCUUAGAAGGCUUUUCUGUGGAGCUGUGGGUCCUUGAUUUGGUUUGUUCAAGGCUGAGUAUGUUAUGAGUAUGUACUCUCCCAGUACUAGCUGGUGUAAACAGGUUUUUCCCUCCCUUAAACCAUGGUGCCAAAGACAACUGCAUGCUGCUGCAUUUACUUCUUUAGGCAUAUGGACCACGUGCAACCUCACACAGAAAAGAGAAUGAAGAUUGUAUUGGCCUCUGUAGGUGUGUGUAUGUACUGUUCCUGAAGCCAUGGUAUGCAAUAGACUAUUGCAUGUUGGCCUCCUCCUGUGGUUCCUUUUCUGGAAGGAAUUAUUUUAUACAUGAUUUGCAUUGGUACUCUUGAUUUUACUCACUCGAUUCAGGAAACUGUAAAGCAUUUACUUCAUGUAAGUUAUUUAUUUAUUGUAAAUAUUUUAGUGUCUUCUAAGAAUUGGCAAAUGGUGAUGUUAAGUGCUGGAUGGUAAGACUGAUUUGCUUAAUUUUGACAAAUUUAACAAAUUGGAUUUUCAGUUAUAGAUUCCGUGGCCCAAUUUCCCCUCCAGUUUCUUAAAAAUAUGUGUUUCUUUGAAAUUUACGCUGUAGCAAUGGACAGAGAAUGAAAUGUAUCUGGAUAUAUUUUAUUAAAAUUUUUGAACCAA